CCGGCAAGAUCUUGUAGGCUGGCCGACUGGUGGGAUGGCAGAUGAAGAAGAAGAUCCCACCUUUGAGGAAGAAAAUGAAGAAAUUGGAGGAGGUGCAGAAGGUGGACAGGGCAAAAGAAAGAGACUUUUUUCUAAAGAAUUACGAUGUAUGAUGUAUGGGUUUGGAGAUGACCAGAACCCAUAUACUGAGUCAGUGGAUAUUCUUGAAGACCUUGUCAUAGAGUUCAUUACUGAAAUGACUCAUAAGGCUAUGUCAAUUGGAAGACAAGGUCGAGUACAAGUUGAAGAUAUCGUCUUCUUGAUUCGAAAGGACCCGAGGAAGUUUGCUAGGGUGAAAGACUUGCUAACUAUGAAUGAAGAAUUGAAAAGAGCCAGAAAAGCAUUUGAUGAAGCAAACUAUGGAUCUUGACACAUUCUGUAUUUUCUGAAGCUUCAUUACCUUCUAGGGAAACUAUCUGUAACUGUAUAUUUUCUACUGUAAGUUCCUGAUAUCUAACCAUGUAAAUGACAGAUGGAAAAACACAAAAUUUUUAGUCUUUACUUCAUGUCUUUGAUU